AUGGCCCCCCUCGCGGGACUGAAGAGCGACGGGGAGAGCCAAGACCUCGCCCUGCUCCCGCUCAGCGGCCAAGAGCAGGAGAAGGACGAGCAGUUCCAAGACGCCUUCGAGGUCAUCCCGGCGGCCCCGACCAUGAGCCUGCUGGCCUCCCUGGAGGAGUGCACCACGGGCUUGUACCUGUUCCUCAACAACCGCUUCUCCGAGGCCCUGAGGCUCAUCUACCCCUGGUCCCAGAGCAGCCUGUACCACGCGCUCAUGCACAGCGUCCUGAUGGUGGUCAAGGCCGCGCUGACGCUGGAGCCGCAGGACAUCGAGGCCGGCCUCCUGGCCGCCAAGUCGGCGCUGCGCACCUGCGGCCGCUUCCGCCGGCGGUCCCGCGCGAGCUUCGGCCGCCUGGUGAGCCUGCGGGAGGAGGAGCUGCACGCCGAGCUGUGCUACGCCGAGAGCCUCCUCCUCAAGUCGGCCGCCAGCUUCAUCCAGGACGACAGCCUGCUGAGCUACCUGCGCGGCGGGCUGGCCAUCGGCUCCAGCUACCAGAUCCUCAGGGACUGCCAGCGCGCGCUGGCGCAGAUGCCCGCGCCCCGCAGCGAGACCUUCCGGCACCUGGCGGGGGGCGUCCAGUUCGGGCUCGGGCUGUUCAACCUGCUGCUGCCCCUCGUGCCGCCCAAGACCCUGCGGCUGCUCAGCGUGUCGGGCCAGGCCGGCGACCGCGAGGCCGGCCUGCAGCUGCUCGGCCAGAGCGCCGCCGAGCCCCACCUCAGCAGCGUCCUCAGCGCCCUGCUGCUGCUCUUCUACCACGGCUACGUGGACGUGGCCCUCGGGCCGGAGCGGGCGCCCGACGCGGCCGUGGAGCGCCUCCUGCGCGCGUCCUGCCGGCGCUUCCCCAACUGCGUGCUGCUCAAGUUCUUCCGGGCGCGCUUCUGCGUGCUGGCCGGCCAGCUGGCCGAGGCCCGGCUCCGGCUGCACGAGUGCGUGUUCGUCCAGAGCGAGUGGACGCAGGUGCACCACCUCUGCUACUGGGAGCUCAUGUGGUGCUCCGUGUUCCUGCAGAACUGGCGCCAGGCCUUCCACUACGCGCGCCUGCUGGCCCGCCACUCGCGCUGGUCCCGGGCCGUCUACGUGUACAGCAAGGCCGCGCUCCUGGCCCUGCUGCCCGCCGACUUCGCCAGGCUGGUCGGCGAGGACGCCAGCUCGCUCUUCCUGCAGGUGGCCUCCCUGCGGAUCAAGGUGUUCGGGACGUCGGUGCCCAUCGAGAAGUUCAUCGCCGAGAAGGGCCAGCGCUACGGGGCCACGACGGGCUGGUACCCGGCCCAGCCCAUGCUGGAGCUCAUCUACGCCUGGAGCGGCUUCCGCGUCAUGAGCAAGAAGCUGGACCUCAUCGCCCACUGGCUGGCCGUCAUCGACAAGGGCGAGGACCUCCUGCGGGGACACGCCAGCGCCAACGCCGAGUACUGGGCCGACGACGUCACCUUGCUCUUUCUGCUCAAAGGCCUGUGCCUGAAGCACCUGGGCAGGUACCUGAUGGCGGAGCACUACUUCAACUGCGUCCUGCAGAGGGAGAAGCUGCUGAAGCACGACCACUACCUGGUGCCCUACACCCACUACGAACUGGGGGUCCUCUACUACCUCAAGGGGGACUACGCCAACGCGGCCAAAAGCCUAGACAACAUCAAGAACUACAGGGACUACUCCAUGGAAAGCCAGCUGCAGUUCAGGGCGCACGUCGCUUUCGAGCAGAUCUACAAGGAGUUGUGACUCGGCACCAUGUCAGUCUGGUUCUGUUCGUUGUGAGCCAAGGGAUCUACCGCGAGCCAGGCUGUGACGGGAAUUUCUGGGUCGCAGA